UUUAAAUUUUGGGGAUUAAAUUUUAGGGAGGAACACCAAGCAAAAAGGCCGGUGAAUCCGCCUAUUUUCAACGUAGUAUCUUCAGUUGAGAACCCCAUAACUUGGGGCGAAUUCAUGUCUUGUAAUGAAAAACACGGUAGAGAUAUACCGACCGUAGUGACGAUGUGGCAUUAUAUAUUUUUCCUAAACAAACGAUUGUGGCUCCAUAAUAUUGUCGUCUUUUUUUUGCACACUACACCAGCAGCAAUCGUCGAUGUUUUGGCCUUGUUAAUUGGAAGAGAACCAAUGUUGACGAAAGCAUAUAGAAAAAUCAACAAAUUCAGUAGCGUUAUUUCUUACUUUUCCACAAAUAAAUGGAAAUUCAAUAACGAUAACGUGUUGGAUCUUUGGAAUAGAGUUAGCUCUGUUGACAAAGAGAUAUUCAAUUUCAGUAUGAAGAGCCUGGAUUGGAACGAAUAUUUCUUCCAUCACGUAAGAGGACUUCGUUUAUACAUCCUGAAAGAUCCCCUUAAUACCAUUCCAGCUGGUAGAGUCAAACAACGAUGGUAAGUUUUAUAAGUCAGAUUUGUUAGAUAUCAUUUAUGACAAUUACGCAUUUCUGUUAUUUAAGGCUGAAAUAUUCACAGUACACUAUUA